UUCUUAAGAUUUCAGAGAAACUCCUGGGUGACCACUGAAAAAAAAGAUCUAAUCUUAAGUUUUACGCAUAUUCCAUCCACCACAUCAGAAUAAUGUCCUACGUUUUUGUAAACGAUUCGUCUCAAACUAAUGUGCCCUUGCUACAAGCCUGUAUUGAUGGAGACUUUAACUAUUCCAAGCGGCUUUUGGAAAGUGGCUUUGACCCAAAUAUUCGUGACAGCAGGGGCAGAACAGGCCUUCACCUCGCAGCAGCCAGAGGGAACGUAGACAUCUGCCAGCUGUUGCAUAAAUUUGGUGCUGAUCUUCUGGCCACAGAUUAUCAAGGAAACACAGCUCUUCAUCUCUGUGGCCAUGUGGACACUAUUCAAUUCUUAGUUUCCAAUGGGCUCAAAAUUGAUAUUUGCAAUCAUCAAGGUGCUACACCCUUAGUUCUGGCAAAGCGCAGAGGAGUGAAUAAAGAUGUCAUCCGAUUGCUGGAAUCUUUGGAAGAACAAGAGGUAAAAGGAUUUAACAGAGGAACUCACUCAAAACUGGAGACCAUGCAGACAGCUGAGAGUGAAAGUGCCAUGGAAAGCCAUUCUCUCCUCAACCCCAACCUGCAGCAAGGGGAAGGAGUCCUGUCCAGCUUCCGAACCACAUGGCAGGAGUUUGUCGAGGAUCUGGGCUUCUGGAGGGUGUUGCUCUUGAUCUUUGUCAUUGCUUUGCUGUCUCUUGGCAUUGCCUACUAUGUGAGCGGGGUGCUCCCUUUUGUGGAGAACCAACCUGAACUGGUGCAUUAAAGGGGCUAAUGGGGAUGAGGCCAGUGCCUCAACGUUCUGAGUUUCUCAAAAGUUUUCUCUUAGGCAAGGCAGUGAGGGCUGUACAUUUUUUUCGUUGUGCAUUUUUAGGUGUUGUAAUCCUUUUUGAACAACGUAACGUUUUCAUUUGAACUAACCACAUACCGUAGUCAAGUAUACUUCAUCCUAAAGCUACCUCUGACUCAGCCUGACUUGUUAGGAAAGCCUUCACAUAGCCUUGUUUGAUAAAAACGUGGAGGUGAUUGAAGAAUGAAAGACAAAGGAAGAGACUAGGGAGUCCUUGCUAUGGAAACCUUACCCUGAUUAUGGGACCACCUAAAGUGAGGUGUUCAAAAAAAAGGGUUUUCUUAUAUGAUUACUUUUUGUUAGCUGGUUGGUUUUGGUUUUAUGUUUGCAAGAGUCCCCCGCUUUUUUUUUUCUUUUCAUUUUCUGGGAAUAGGGGAGAGAAUGAAAGAUUCAGCUUAAAACUUGUGCUUUUUUCACAUAGCAAAUCAGUAUUGCAGGAAUCUGUUUGGUUUAUUU